AAGUGUUGUAGAUCCUGGAUCCAGAAAGCAGCAAAAUCAUGAAUAGUUUAUGGCUGCACAAUCUGCAAACUGCCUCUCUAGGGAUGCCAGGUUUUGAUCAAGAAUAGUCCUAUGCCCUUAAGAGUAUUUGAAAUCAGCAAGUGAAGCUUUUCUCCACAUGAAUCUGAUCACUCAUUAAGCUUUGCAUAAUAUUCUGCUCUCUUGGGAAGCUAUGAGACUCUCAAUUAACAGGCAGCUUAAUUUGGUAACUUUCCAAAGUUUCUCAAUAUCCAAAGUAAGUUUACUGCUUCAUCGCAAGGCAAAUGGAAAGGGAUUAAUUACAGGACAGUAGAGAUGCAAAUGGAGAUACGUGGGAUAGAAAGAAAUGAUAAUUCAAAAGGAGCUAUGCUCUCAUGGGGUGUUCAUGCUGAAUGGUUAUAUUUUCCCAAAGAGGAUUCCUUGGGUUGGUUGAUCCAUGCAGAUAACUAUGGGAAUCUCCUUGGAUCAAAUUGCUUCCAGGCUUGGAUAAGCAUGAGACUAUUUUAAAUUCUGAUGGCUGCCAUGAAGAUGGUUAUGGCCAUGAAACCAAAGGGGAAAUUGAUGCUCUUCAUAGUAUGGGAGGGUAAAUUAUGAUAUAAUGGAAAAUAACACAUUUGGGGCAGAACACAUAUUAUUAGCCAGAGACAUAGCUAACCUCCCUCUUUAAUCUCCAUCACUCCUGCUCAGUCUUUGGUUAUAUUCUCCUCAUCCUAACUCCUAGGAUCAACCCAGUGAAGGGAAUGUUCACAUGGCACCGUGUUUGGGGUUAGAUAAUGUCAGAAUGGUGCACCAAGGUUUAUUAGAGUAGGGGUAAAGAGACUGUGCCUCUCUAGAUGUUAGAUUCCUGGAGUCAAGGGAGCCACAUCUGAAGGUGCAGAGGUUCACCAGCCUUUCUCUAAAGUGUUGGCUCAAAUAAAAGGACACCUGUUUUCCAUUCUCAGUGGAAUCUUAGGUUUUUUUAAAAACAUAUAUUAUUAGAUUUACCCACAUUUCUCAUGUAUACUCUUAUAUAACUUUCUGUAUGUUAUUUCUUCCCAGUAUGAUUUUGAGAUGUUAAAGUUUUUGGAGACAGGGAGAUAACAUUGAGAAUACCAGAGAAAUAUCUUAACACAUCACAGUGUAUGAAUGGGCAGAAAAUAUAUAAAGAAAUGAACCAGGCAGAUGCCCAUGUUAACGUGCUUUUCCCUAUUCCCUGCAUCAUCAGAAAAAUAUUCCAGCCUAAAUUGUACUACCCAAUGGCUGAACCUCAUCCUGCUUCAGGAAUGAGAGGAGCAAGUGUGGCUGUUCUUAUCUUUUUAAUACAAGGCAAAUUCAGACAGUAUCAGUUAGCUAUUAAUGGGCAGGUCUUUUUGCAGAAGGCAGGUGCCCAUUCCUUCCUGCAGUCCAAACCAAAAACUCAUUCAAAGCAAUGCCCUGUGACUAGAGAAAGUAUGCUCACAGUAGCUACAAGUGGCCAAUAGUAGAUCCCAGCUCCAAUUGUGUUAGCCACCGCAUUGUUGAUGAAAUAUCCUAAAUUGUGUCCAUGGUAAAAUUAAGAAGAGGAAAACCAUUAUUUUGAAACUGGAAGAACUGAGUUGAUCUUAAGGUCUCUCGGCUGAGUUCUGGGGAAGAGACCAGAGCAAUAUCAGGGCAUCUUUGUGCCAUGGCUAAGGGCUGCUGGAUGACCUUGGAGAGGGUUGUAGAACAUCAAGAUAUGGAAUCAAGGAUUAGUUAUGGGGGGAAAUUAGUGAACACUGUAAAUGCUAAACAGCUCUAGGAUGCUUGAAAGAAGGUUUCAAACAGAAGUUUUUCACCCCUAUCAGUAUGUAGGGAGAAACAACUAUCAGGACUGAACAUUCAAAAGAUAUUAAAGAAGGUAUAGGAGAAAGAAGAAGGUACAAGAUAAUUCACGAAAUUUCAGAGCUGAGGUAAUAUGAUUAUUAUGGGUUCAUUAGUGGCCACCUCCCUCCUAGUGACUUUAAAGCAUCUUCCUAAUAUCACUCAGCCAUCACUGAAGUGGUAAAAAAAAUCUCAUUACUAUUAUUUUGUUCCAACAGUUGAGUGUGUGUAUAGAUCAAGAUUUUUCAACCUUGGCAACUUCAUAAUGUGUAACUACAGUUUCCAGAAUUAAAGUUAUCAGAGUUUAAAAAAAACAAAAACCCACUAAUAUAGUUGCUUGCUAGUGGAAAGGGGACUUGUAAUAAAUAACAGUAUAUUCAAAUAUUGGCAAGUGGGCUUCAAUGUUAUUUUUCGAUAAGAAUUGCCCAGAUGGGUCAGGGGCACCCAAGAGGAUGGUUUGGUUUGUCUUUUGGUUUUGCCUCUGCCACUGAGCAUGUCUUGUUCUGGAGCCUCCGAAACCUUGAAUUGGGUACGCACGCACAUCCACCCACAGGAGCAAUUGUCUCUCAUUUUAUUUCCACGCUGGAAGCUCUGCUACUGAUCUGCCUGUUCUCCAUAACUACUCACAGUGAAGUCUGCCAAGUUGAGUGACAGAUUAUUUUGUCACUUUCCCAAAAGGCAGAAUCUCUCUGCCUUUAAUGAGAUGCGUAAUGGGUAAGAAAUACAGGAAGUUAUGCUUUUGACAGCAGGGUAUUCGAGAAAACGCUGCCUGCCUUCCAUUUCAGUCUGCCUUACACACAUUAGGUGCCUCUGGGUGUGCCAAAAAAAAGGGGGGGAAGGGGACGAGAACCCAUAUGUGAGCUUAAAUCUCUGCUGUUUUAAUCAAAGGCCUCCCUUCACUGUGGAUUCAUACAAGUCCUGGAGGAAGAAAAGUUUAACUGAUUUUGAUGGAACUGGGGAGGCCUUUCCUGAUUCGCUUUUCAGUUGUCCACAGGAGAAAUUAGAUGAUUGAUGAGUGAUGCAAGAUCGAAUUUGAGUCAGUCACUGGAAUCAAAGAUUUACUUUUCCGAGCUUUUGGAUUCAUGCUGGAGCCAAUCUUCAGGGAAUUUCUCUCUACUGAAAUAUGUUCUUUGGGCUGGUCUGCAAGUCGUGUUUAUGUGGUGCCUUCCUAUUGGCUGAUUGGUGUGUUGAUGGCUGGCAAUUGGCUGUUGUUUCCUUGUGCUGCCAAGCCCUUGUCUUCUCAGUAUUUGAUAAGCUGGUGGUAAAUCAGCACUCCUGUUAACUGACAAGGAGGCCUGUUUCCCAGGCUUCAAUCUUUGUACCUGCAUGGCCAACGAUCUUAGUAGUUGUGAAAUUAAAUGAGUGUCCUUGUUCAUUGCAGUGUGAGGCUAUCAAUAAUUUCUGGUCUCCUCAUCUGCCCACUCGCUUGUAAAUCUCUGGUCUGGUGACUGGCCCAAAUUCGAUCUUGUGUCAUUAUCCUAGGACGCAUAUAUUUGUCUUCAUUUGUGAUUGGUGAGUGAAGAUGGGUAAAGAAUUGGAGAGAACUCUGUGCUAAAUGGAUCAUGAUCUAUGGAAACCCCUUACGAGAUUCAUUCAAGUAAUCCUGUAGUCAGUCAUUUUUUCAAGUUUCAGGAAAUCCAGCUUCACUUCCCAAUUUCCCAUCCAUAUUCUUCUUCUUGAGAUCUCAAAUACUACCAGCUCCAAGAAUUCAGAAAUUGUCUGUUCAUUCUUCUUUUCAUCCUCCACCCACCAGGCAAUUUCAUCCAAUCUUUUGCCUAUGACAGGCAUGUCAAACUGCCGGCCCAUGGGCCAGAUGCAUCAUGCCAAAACCACACCCACCCCAUUUCCGGCAAUGGGGGAAAAGUCGCGAUACAUCACGAGUUUGACAUGCCUGGCCUAUGAGAAUACUAUACUUUGUGCUGCUUCUUCCUUAUAUGAUGUCAUAUAAUUUGACAUCACUCCUCUGUGAUGUCAAUGGGUGGCUUUAUUCCUGGCUCUCCAAAUACUGUAGCUUUUGACACCCAUUGUGAUGUCAUUGCUUAAGCAGUUAUCAGAUUCUAGGAGGCUGUUGCCAGAGAUUCAUUCUACUUUUUCAGCAGGUUAGAGUAGAAAGGAUGAAGACUAUGUAGCAAGAGGAGCAGAGAGCCAAGAGCUGGGAUCCAGUUUUGUAGUUAAAAAUAAGAAGUCCACCUCAAGAAAGACUAGUUGACGUUAACUCUCUGGGAAGUUCCUGCAGAUCAGCCAGAAAUUUUCUUCUGUAUCUGGUGGGUUUUAUAAAUCGCUACUGGAGGCUACUCAAAGAGUGAAGUGGAAACUUACCUGAAUUUCUGGAACCAGAGAGUUCAUAAGUCUAGUUUUUUCCUAAGAAAUAAAAGCAAACACUACCCUUUAGGAAGUGCAGAUCAAGGCACCCUGGUUUACUUCUAAAGCCAAACAUCUUCUGUGGAUUAUAUGCCAUUAUAUACUGAGCAAUAGUACCAGACUUUCAAGAUAUAAGCAACUGAGAUUCAGAAUAUUAGAGAAGAGAUGAGUUACUGCAGUCUCUUGUUGAAGCCCUAGGAAGAGAAAUUGUAAAAAAACAAAACAGAAACAUAAUAAGUACCAUCAACUGAAUAUUUUUCCUUUGGACAUUUUGACUGAAAACUGGAAAAGUUGAUCUGUUUUUGAAGACUCUGAAGCCACAACCCUUUGAAAGCUGGUGAGGACGCCAGCAUUACAAAAAGGAAAUCAAUUGGUACCUUUCUGUACCACUCUUAAAGUGGUAAGAGUCCACACUGCUGCAGAAGCACCACUUCCCCUGAGUUGUCAUGAAGUGUUCUUUGCAAUUUAGCCUGGUGUGCGUCUUGGUUUGCUUGCUGCCUUCCACUUUCUCCAAGGACUGUAUCUUUUGUGAAAUUACUUCCUCAACAAUAUGUCCUGGCCUCAGGAUGAGCUGCGCUGAAGACGAAGACUGCUUUGUGGGCGAAGGGGUGGCCUUGGGGGUUUCAGACAUCCAGAACAAGGGGUGUACCCGCUCCAUCAACUGUGGCAAAGAGCAACCUGUUGCCUACAUGGGUGUCACCUACAGCUUGGUCACCAACUGUUGUAAGGGGAAUUUAUGCAAUGGGGUUCAGUCCCUGAGACACCCUUCCCUUUUCCUUCAGUUUGCUCUCAUCAGCCUGCUGAUGAGGUUCCUCUGAUUUUAAAAAAGUUUCAAGCAAUAAAAUAAUCAGGAUAUUUUUGGAAAGUUAAGUCCUUGCGUUUGUGAUGUGAGAAAUGUGGUCACAUGACUAACUGCCAUUGGAACUUUAGAACUAAGUCAUAAAUACCUUUUGGGGGGAGCUCUGUUGUAACUAUGGUGGGUCAUAAGUCAAAGACUACCUGUAAUUGCAUUUAUGUCACAGCUUUUUUUACAGUUCUGGUUUUAGGUAGCAAUGCUAUGGUCAUAUGGUAACCAAGGAGGAGGAGGAGAAAGGAAAAACUGUGGAUAUCUAUUGCUCUUCACUUCUAACCUGGCCUCUAACCAAUUAGUGGAAAAUCCACUGAUAAAGGGUGGGUUAGGAAUUUGGAGUGAAGCUGCCAUUUUUCAGUCACAUGACGGCAUUUUGUGUACUUGGCAAUCAGCUUGCUACGUUCCCCAGAACCAACGGUUCUAUUGUCUAUAUGUGCUCAAAUAUAUACUUAUAGGCCUCCAGCACUGAAGCUCCUCUUUAUGGACCAUCCAACAUUGGAGCUUUCAGGAAUAACAGAAUAACCCAGUUGGAAGGGACCUUGGAGGUCUUCUAGCCCAACCCCCUGCUCAAGCAGGAGACCCUAUACCAUUUCAGACAAGUGAUUGUUCAAUUUCUUUUUAACAAACCUCCAGUGAUGGAGCACCCACAACUUCUGAAGGCAAGCCAUUCCACUGGUCAAUUGUUCUAUUACUUCUCUAAGAGCAUUUAUGUUUAUAGGUGGGUUUGCUGUACUGAGGCAAAUGGCACAUUCAAGAAACUAAAAGAAAACCUUGAAAUACUCUGGUGACAACACAAUUCAUUCAGAAUAUGUAGAUUCCAUGUUUACAGCCAGGUCCUCUGAGUCCAUUAACACAUCACAUUUUGUUCCCUGUGGUGGUGGCAGCAGAUUGCUGUGUGGAACACUGCCACCCUGCUGUCUCCCAAGUUUAAGCACAAUUUCUCCUCGUUGCUUUUUGAUGGCAGUGAAUCAUACAGACCAGCUUGCAAUUGCUCUGCUUCCUCAAAUUUGGGCCAUGAAUUUCUCCUGUGGUCAAUCAGUUUGUGCAUUUACUCCUCUACAGAUUCGGACUAAGGGCUUGAACUUCUUCGCAGAGACUCUGGCUUUGGUGAGGUUUUGGUUAAGUUGUGUGCAUUUUGGUAAAAGGAAAACGUUCCAUCUUAAAUUAGGAAUUUGGAGUAGAAAUUGUGCAUAAUUUGAAUUGCUUUAGAUAUAAAAGGCAGCUGUGGAAUAUAGGAUAUUUGCCUUAAAUUAUUUAUUCUCCACUUAGUCUUCUAAUUAUUCUCAGUAGCAACAACUUCCUGUCUUUUCAUCACUGUUUCCUGGAUCUUUUCAUCUGGAUGCACCAACAACUGAAUAUGGGACUAUAGAAUCUUAGAAUCAUAGGGUGAAAAGGGAUCUUGAAGGUCUUCUAGUCCAACCCCUGCUUGAGCAUGUAGAACAGUGGUCACCUACUUACUCAAUUCAGAAUGUGUUCUGUGCAAUGAUGGGAUUCAAACAGGUUCUCUGUGUGGAUGCUGCUUCCAGAAGUUCUGGUCCUGGGCAACAAAAAAUUAGCUACCGGUUCUGCUGAAGUGGUGCGAACUGACUGAAUCCCCCAGUGGUUCUGUGUGAUCUAAUUCAGGGGAAGGUUUUUUUUUAAAGAAGACUGAAAUUAUUUAAUCAUGACGGCAGUCCAUUAAAGGAAGGGGCAUUUUAAUUUGAUUAGGAUUACUCACAGACAGGGACAUCACCAUUUCAGCUUCCUUAUAGAAUUUGCCCAUAUAGAGACCUGUACAAUAUCAGAGAUCUGAUUCUAUAGGUGGCUUCACAGAGUUGCACUGUUGAAGGAAAAGUCUUCAUCAUGGUUCAGUCCAAGCCAGGGAUAAACAACAUGGUGACUGUUUUAGAAAGAAGGUUGCAGUUUAUUGGAGAGCCAGACAGAAAGA